AUGUGUAAAGUGUUAUUAAAAGUCAGCGUGGAACAAACAACUUCACCCAUUUCUGCAGAUAUAACUACACACUUAGAUGUCACCACUAAAAACGUUUUAACAACAGAGAUUUCAACGGAACCUAUAACAGAAAGUACAACAAUGAUACAAGCAACAAAGAUAACAACUGAAUCUACAAAACCAAUCACAUCAGAAAUAUCAACUACAGUAAUUAUAACUGAAUCGACUACACCAAUCACAUCAGAGAUACCAACAACAGCAGCUACAACUGAAUCUACAACACCAAUCACAUCAGAGAUACCAACAACAGCAGCUACAACUGAAUCGACAACACCAAUCACAUCAGAGAUACCAACAACAGCAGCUACAACUGAAUCUACAACACCAAUCACAUCAGAGAUACCAACAACAGCAGCUACAACUGAAUCGACAACACAAAUCACAUCAGAGAUACCAACAACAGCAGCUACAACUGAAUCUACAACACCAAUCACAUCAGAGAUACCAACAACAGCAGCUACAACUGAAUCGACAACACCAAUCACAUCAGAGAUACCAACAACAGCAGCUACAACUGAAUCUACAACACCAACCACAUCAGAGAUACCAACAACAGCAGCUACAACUGAAUCGACAACACCAAUCACAUCAGAGAUACCAACAACAGCAGCUACAACUGAAUCUACAACACCAAUCACACCAGAGAUACCAACUACAGAAGUAACAACUGAAUCGACAACACCAAUCACAUCAAAGACACAAACUACGGAAUUUACAACUGAAUCUACUGCACCAAUCACAUCAAAGAUACCUACGGCAGAAAUUGCAACUGAAUCUACAACUCAAAUCACUUCAGAGAUACCAACUACGGAAGUUACAACUGAAUCUACAGCACCAAUCACAUCAAAGAUACCAGCAGCAGAAGUAACAACUGAAUCGACAACACCAAUCACAUCAAAGAUACCAACUACAAUAGUUACAUCUGAAUCUACAACACCAAUUACGACAACGAUACCAACUAUGGAAGAUACAACUGAAUCUACAACACUAAUUACAACUUUGAAACCAACACAGGACAGUCCAACAAAAGAACAGACGACAGAAGCAACCACUAAAGAUUCAACAACUGAAAGUACAACAUUGUCAUCAUCAAAUGAAGGUGCCACAGGCACAAAAGCUACUCUUAUAUUCAAAAUUAAGCUUCAACAGUUUGGAUGA